AUGAAGAAGCCGAUCGCCAUCCGCCUCCAGGGCACCAACGUCGAGAAGGCCCGUCAGUUGAUCGAAAACAGCGGCUUCCGCAUGAUCGUCGCCAACGACUUGGACGACGCCGCCCAGAAGGCCGUCAAGAUCGCCGACAUUGUUGCCCAGGCCGAGGAGGUCCACGUCAACGUCAGCUUUGACUGGACCUUGGUCCUCGCAGCAUAA